AUGGAUGCAUUGCUGCUGUCUCAGUCGCUCGUUGACAAACUGGAGGCAUCAUACGAGAUGAUCAAGAGCCUUGUGCCUACCCUAAAAACUUUGACCUCUCUGAGCAACAUCGGUAACAAAUACUGGGUUAUUUUGGCAAGCACCGUCUCUGAGCCUAUUGAGCCCACUUACUUCCCCAAGCUUGAUCAGGAGCAGUCUCGUCUAUGUCCAUCCAUGCUCACGACAGAAGGCGCGUGGAAGUCAACAUUGAACGAUGCAAAAGCAGUGCCAAACAAUAUCACUAACUCCAUAAUGAAGCUCUACGCUUUCUAG